AUGUGUUUGUGUUAAGUUUGUAUUGUUACUCCAUAUUUGACGGUAACAUAGUUUUAGAUAUAGUUAAAUACAACAUAUUUUGAACAUGAAGGGAUCAAAAACAUACAUUUCAAUCAAUUGAAGGUUAAAUAUGGUGAGUUAUAUAUCACAAGGAUCAAAAGCAGAAACCAAAAUGUUAGAGCUUAUUACAAUCUAUCCAUUAUUAUGCAAAAAAUCUACUUAAUAGGCAAUUGAGAAGCUUUUGAACCAUAUAUUUCAAGAGAACCCCAAAAGCUUGUCAAAUAUAUCAUUUUGAUUUAUUUUUUUUGAUGUAUUUUGUCAAAUAGCAUUUGUCUUCACACAAACUUUAUUAGUAAUUGUUUAGCCAAAAGACUUUUUUUUUCUUUCAUCAUCAUUUAUUCUAUUCCAAACCUAAUACACAUGUGACAAACAAAUACAAACUUUGCAAUAGUAGUUGUUUUUAUUUUUAUUUUUGUCUUGCUUAUCAUCAUCAAAUGGAACAAGAAAACAAAAAAAACCACCCUCUAUUAACUUUUCCUUUGUAAUUUUCUCCCAUUUUCCUCUAUUUUAACACACACACACUCACUAAGGUACAUUAUCAUACACUAACAAUAACACACAUUGAGAGUUGUGUAUAUGGAGGAUAGUAAAUAUGAAGUUGAAGAAUGUAGAGGUGUACUUAGGGUAUAUAGUGAUGGAACUAUAUUAAGAUUAACUAAGCCAAGUUUUGAAGUUCCUAUACAUGAUGAUGGUUCAAUUCUUUGGAAAGAUGUUGUAUUUCAAGCCAUGUAUAAUCUUCAACUCCGGCUCUACAAGCCGACUUCUCCUAUCUCCGCGGCUAAGCUCCCCGUCUUCUACUACAUUCAUGGGGGUGGCUUUUGCAUUGGCUCUCGUGCGUGGCCUAACUGUCAGAACUAUUGUUUCAAGCUAGCUUCCGAGCUCCAAGCCGUGGUUAUCUCUCCUGACUAUCGGCUAGCUCCUGAGAACCGGCUCCCAGCCGCUAUUGAAGAUGGUUACGCGGCUGUGAAAUGGCUUCAGGACCAAGCCGCGUCUGACGAGCCAGACACGUGGCUUACGGAUGUUGCCGACUUUAGCCGAGUUUUUAUUUCGGGUGACUCGGCUGGUGGCAACAUCGCACAUAAUUUGGCAGUUCGGCUUCAAGCCGGCUCAGCUGAGCUGGAUCCAGUUCGAGUUAGGGGUUAUGUUUAUUUGCUUCCUUUCUUUGGAGGGACUAUAAGGACAAAAUUUGAAGCUGAGGGGCCUAAAGAUGCUUUCUUAAACAUUGAGCUCAUUGACAGAUUUUGGAGGCUAUCAAUACCAAUUGGAUCAACAACUGACCAUCCACUUGUGAACCCAUUUGGGCCUAACAGCCCAAAUUUGGAAAAAAUUGAUCUUGACCCAAUUCUUGUGCUUGUUGGAGGAUGUGAUCUUCUUAAAGAUAGAGCCAAAGAUUAUGCAAAUAAAUUGAAGAAUUAUGGAAAAAAUAUUGAAUAUGUGGAAUUUGAAGGACAACAACAUGGUUUUUUCACUAUUAAUCCUAAUUCAGAAUCUUCCAAGAAGUUAAUGCUCAUAAUCAAGAAGUUCAUUCAAGACAAUUCUUCUUAG